ACCCGCCUUCCUUUGGCUCCUGUGCGCAGGGGAGGGUAGGAAUGAGGGUCGGCGCGUGGUCAGCCCGGGGACGGUGGAUUUCGCGGACACCCGACGUUCCCUAUCCCUGCCACUUUGGUCCGGCAGAUCCCGGCGAUCUGGUUUGUUCUUCCAGUAACUUUGUUCGGAAGGCUGGAGGGGAGGGGAAGCGCCACGGGGCCCCAGGAGAGCUGGAAGGCGGCGAGCAUCGGAGGCCCACUGGAGAGCGCGCAGGUCCCCGGGCGUCCCCGGGCCGUGCGCGCGGAGGAGCAGAGGCGCCGCCGCCGAGACGCGCUCCGCUUAGCGGGACUGCCGGGGGCGCCGGAAGGCCACCGCUCCAAGGACGCGCCGCCGCUCCCGCUGCUCCCGCCGCUCCCGCCGCUCCCCGGCCCGGGCGCCGCCAGUGCCGGAGCCGAGCAGAAGAGCGGGGCUGCGGGGAGCGCGGGCGAAGGGUGGCAGGAGGGAGGGCGCGCGGGAGGCGGCCCCUCCUCGGCGAGCCAUGCGUGCCGCGGGCAGCUGAGGAGCCGCCGGGCGCCGCUGCCAAGUCUCCGCUCCGCUUUUGUCUUGCCCUCCAGUUGAAUGGGAAGAUGGAGAUGGAUGUUGAGGGAGUUUCUCCGCGCCCGGAGCCCAUCCCCCGCUCCCAGGGGGCUGGCGGAGCCUGCCAGGCGCCGGCAUCACGGACCCAGCCCCAGCCGCAGCGAGAACAGCCUCUGCCUCAGGAUGAACUGCCCGGCGAGAGUGCAGGCGCUGAGGACAGCGAAGGUCCCGAGAGGAGACCCAACGGCGAGAAAGGCGAGAGCAAGGAUUCUCUGAAAGCUGGAAAUAGUGUGUCCAUGGAUUCAUUUUUGUAGCUAUGUCUCAGAGGCCAUCUGAGAUCACAGACUGAGGCUCACAGAUGACCAGUAAUGUACACAAGAUUCCAUGACAUAUUAGAAGUGGACCAGAGUAUGCUUUAUUUGCUGUACCCAGGUUUGUGUAUUGGAAGAGUACCUAAGCAUACUGCUACCCAGAAAGGGGGAAGGAGAAAAAAAAUCAAUAUUCUACAGUACUUCUUUCAUCCCAAGGAAGUUGAAAGACUUCAGCUGCAAAGUGAGGAGAUCAGAAGAGAAGCAGAUUUAUUUAAAAGAAAAACCCAUCUUACCAAUGUCAUUUGGAAGAACAGACCCUUUCUGAAGCAAUUUCUGAUCUCCUUUCUAAAGGCUAUCACUAUUAAUGGGUGACCAUGAAGAUGAGAGGCAAGAAGAAGAUGGUACAGAGAAAAAUGCACACUACAAUUUUCUCUUCUCCACAGUUUUUGAGAAUGAGAUACCAGCUGUAAAUGUAGACAAUUUGCAAGCAUUUAAGCCAGACUUGCUGCCAAAUUUCAAUGUCUUUGCUAAUCAGGACUCAAAGCAUCACUCUCUGCUACAAUUCCAAACAGCUGGGAAGUGGGAAAUAGGGCAGAACUUCCCAAGCCUGGCUUUCACAGACCCUUCCUCGGCAUACUUCAGUUUUCUUUGUAGUACAGUGAUGUCAUUUCAUGACUCUUUAAAAAAAACAUAAUUACAUUUUGAUGAAUAUGUUUGAGAAUUUCCUGGUUUCUUGUUUGGAUACUGUGGUAUUACAAGGGAAAAAUGUAGCAUUUUUUUCCUUAGACAUUGCAAGGCACCUGAAAAAUACCCCUAUAAUAGGCAGAUUAAUGAGAGCAAAGCAUAACACAUUUUUAAACCACGGUUUUGUGUGAUAAGGAAACUUCAGAGAUGGAGACUCAAGAGACAGGGAAAGCUACAUAUUUUUUUUUCAUUUAGUUUGGUGAAGAAAGGACAGCUGUGAAGAAAUAGGAUUGGACCUGAUGAUAAUAAACUGGGAAGAACCUAGCAAGCCUUGCUUAUUAAGAUAUGCUUAGCCUUUGUAUAACACCCCUUCCCUAUGGAUAAAGGGCAGGAUUUCUACCACAUGAGGGUCUUCAGAAGAGAAGUUCAGAGACACCUUUUCUUCAGCUGAAAUAGUAUGCCAAACAGGUAGUUUUGGCGCAGCAUUUUCUGCAUACUACUAGUAUUGGAUAUGAAGUGGUUUUGUUUUGUUCAUUAAUGGCUACCGCUUUAGUCUAGCAAACCUCAUUUUAUUCCUUAUUAAAUCUCACUUCAGGUUUUUAAGUCUGUUAUCAAGUUAAAAAGUUCAGCAUAUAUAAUUGAUAUUAAUUCAUUUUAGUCAUCCUCCCUCUUUUUCAGCUUACUGCCCUUCCCAACAUCUUGUAGUUGAUCAUUAGCUGGAGACAUCCAAUAGCUUUUCUUGGCAAGACUGUGAAAGAGUAACUUCUGCUCUUUGCAGUGUUUUCAUCUUUGUGGUUUACUGGCAUGUUCAACUCUAACUUACGUAUCUUGGCAUGAUUAAUGCUGAUGGUACUGACCUUUCAACAAUUUCUGUGGAGUGGUGGCUAGUUCUUUGACAUUAGAAUGUGGACUAUUUAAUGCAUCUGCUCUCAAUUUCAAGGAAAUCAGGACUUUGCACCUAAUAUCAUCCUUUUAUGCUGCCAAAGACUUUUAUUGGAAAAGGGAAAAGGGAAAGAAUUUGAGAGAAGUAAUAAAUAUUUUCCUCAUAAUGGCCCACAAAAUGGUGACAGGAAGAUCACGGAUGUGGAAUAAUUAGAUGUUUAAUGAGUUUACUUUUUAAUCUCAAAACAGUACUGUGGCUGGUACAGACUUUCUAGGUAAUAGUUCAAAGAAAGUUCUAAAUUGCCGAGCUAUUAGAAGGCAAUAGUGUGAUUUUUCUUAUAGAAAAGACUAAAUUAGAGAAGACUCUCCUUAUCUUGACUUAUGCAGUAUACAAUGUGUGGAAGCAUC